GUAGACAAUUUGACAAUCGAUGAAAAUGACAUGUUGAUAUCGAUCAUCGCAUACUUAUUUCAGUAAAAUUAUUACUCACGUCCUGGUUACCUGAAUACUAAUACAAUAUGAGCAGCACGGGUGAGCAGUUAACUCUAGCAAGAGAUAUUAAAAGAGCUGUGGAAUUAUUAGAAAAGUUACAGCAAAGUGGCGAAGUUCCUGCCACCAAGUUAGCUGCAUUGCAAAAAGUGCUCCAGAGUGAUUUUUUAAAUGCUGUUAGAGAAGUGUACGAACAUGUCUACGAAACUGUGGAUAUUCAGGGUUCCGCGGAUAUUCGAGCAUCGGCUACAGCGAAAGCGACGGUAGCAGCUUUCGCCGCAGCAGAAGGUCACGCUCAUCCUCGAGUUGUCGAACUUCCGAAAACCGAAGAAGGUUUAGGUUUUAAUGUUAUGGGUGGUAAAGAGCAGAAUUCACCUAUAUACAUAUCUCGGAUCAUCCCAGGAGGAGUUGCCGACCGUCACGGUGGAUUAAAGAGAGGUGAUCAAUUGCUUUCUGUCAAUGGUGUAUCCGUUGAAGGUGAAAAUCACGAGAAGGCUGUGGAACUACUGAAGCAAGCAGUAGGUUCUGUCAAGUUAGUAGUUCGCUAUACUCCAAAGGUUUUAGAAGAAAUGGAGAUGAGAUUUGACAAGCAGAGGACUGGACGGCGACGCGCCAAUUACAAUUAAACAAUAAUUUACUUGUAUUCAUGUUAAUCUAUACUUAUUUCUUAUACUAGAAGGUUUUUAAGUACUUAAUAUUUAUAGAAAAAUAAUUUAAGUUACUAAAUAUUUCUUAUUAAGUCUAUGAUUCAUUUGAUUGUAGUUGAAUAUGGUAAUAAAUGUGUUGAUAUUUAUUAGAUCUAUGUUAAUUUACAUAAAAAUAAGCUCUUAAUGUUAUUUUUAAUAAAUAUUACUGUUCUAUGGUAUUAUUAGUUAUAA